AUGGGGAACGAGGCCGUCGCCAAGGAAUGGUGGGGUCUGGGAUAUCUAUACUCAACUAAACACCCAUCAUUGGUGCAGCAUGGCACGGGCUCUACUCCGUACAAUUUAGGUAUAGAAUACGAUAUGCGGUCCCAAACCAUCACCCUCGAAAAUACUUGCAUUCGGGUCACUGUUCUCAUUGACAAGGACGGAGCAGCAUAUCUACAAGAGGUGCUUCCGCUUCCUGCAAUCUCGCCGACCCCAUCUUCUCCCAAUUUCAGCAAUUCAUAUUGCUACCUGUUGGAGGCACGACUAGCCGGGGAGGGAACAGCGAGAAACAAGUCCUCUAAGAGCCUGGUAGGAAGUUAUGUUGGCUCUCGUUUGCGAUAUCAGUCUCAUGAGUUCGAAAAUCGCCCGGAUAGUCGGACCCUUCACGUUCGAUUGCUCGAUGAUGUGACCGGAGCGACAGUGACAUCCCAUCUGACAAUUUAUCAUGGGUUUCCUGUGCUCCGUGCCACUGCUACAAUUCAAAACGGCGGCGACAAGGACAUUGUUGUCACACAGCUGUCGUCCCUCGUUCUUGGUGGAUUGUCGGCCGGCUCGAACAGAUGGUGGCAUGAGUACAAGCUCUCUGUUCCCACAAACUCGUGGUUUCGAGAAGCACAGUGGGGAGAGCAUGACCUACCGAGUCUGGGUAUCGAUGACUAUGGUGUCUACGGCCGCCCGGAGUAUCAUUGGGGCACUCUGGGGCAUUACUCUGUCUCCAAUCGUGGUACCUUUUCCACAGAGGGGCAUUUGCCCAUGGGACUGUUGAAGCGAAAUGAUGAAAAAGAUAGCUGGUUGUGGCAAAUUGAAAACAAUGGCUCUUGGCGAUGGGAGAUUGGUGACUGGAAGGACAACAUCUAUCUUGCCGCGGGAGGCCCCGUAGAGACUGACCACGACUGGAGGCAACGACUCGCGCCGGGAGAGCAAUUUACCACAGUCGCUGUGGCUCUUUGCCACGUGCACGACGAUUAUCAGAAAGCCUUUUCCGCUAUAACGCGAUAUCGACGGCACAUGCGGCGCAAGCAUUGCGACAAUGAGCGGCUACCCAUCAUAUUCAACGACUACAUGAAUUGUCUAAUGGGCGAUCCAACCGAGGACAAGAUACUGGCUCUUCUAGAUCCAGUCGUUCAGGCAGGCGCCGAAUACUUUGUCAUUGAUGCGGGUUGGUAUGCCGAUGAUUCCGGAUGGUGGGACGACGUCGGGCAGUGGGAGCCUUCCAAAAAGCGCUUCCCCUCGGGGUUUCAAGAACUCCUGGCGAGAAUCGAACAAAAGGGUCUCGUCCCGGGAUUAUGGCUUGAGCCAGAAGUGAUUGGGGUGCGCAGUGUGGUCGCGAACCAACUCCCGGACGAAGGGUUUUUCCAACGAGACGGCCAUCGCAUCGUGGAAAAAGACCGGUUUCAGCUAGACUACCGAAAUUCCGCUGUACGAAAACACAUGAGCAAUGUCAUCCAUCGGUUGGUUACCGAGUAUGGCGUGGGAUAUUUCAAAUUUGACUACAAUAUUGACGUGACCCAAGGUACAGAUGUCAACUGCUCGAGUUCUGGAUCAGGGCAGCUCGAGCACAAUCGUGCCUAUCUCAAAUGGGUGAACGAGCUGCAUGAUCAAUAUCCCCACUUGGUAAUUGAGAACUGUUCGAGUGGUGCUCAGCGAAUGGACUAUGCCAUGUUGGCCGUGCACGCGUUGCAAUCAUCUAGCGACCAACAAGAUCCCGAACGGUAUCCCGCCAUUGUAUCGGCCCUUCCCACUGCUGUCGCUCCAGAGCAAGGUGCGGUAUGGGCAUAUCCACAGCCGGUAUGGGACGACGAGCUCAAUGCAAUGACAGUGGUGAAUUCACUACUUGGUCGCGUGCAUCUCAGUGGAAGAUUGGAUCUUCUCCAGCCGCAUCAGUUUGCUUUGAUCAAAGAAGGCAUGGAUGUAUAUAAGGUGAUCCGUGCCGAUCUCAAGACAGCAAUUCCGUUCUGGCCUCUUGGGCUGCCUCACUGGCAUGACGACUGGGUUUCCCUAGGGAUGUCUGCACAGACGGCAGAAGGUCAAGACAGCGGAUGCUAUUAUGUUGCGGUUUGGAGACGGGGCGGCGAUGGUAGCAUGAUGCUCCCCAUAAGAGCCCUUCAGGGUCAGGAUAUGCAAAUCCAGACCAUCUAUCCUUCCGCAUUGGCUACAGAGGUUCAAUGGGUCGCUUCGGAGGGCUGCUUGGUGGUGACAAUUCCGUCCGAGCUGGGUGCUCGUCUGAUCAAGUUGAUGGUCAAUUAG